CCCCAGCUGCUAGGCCGAGAGGAGACGCGCGCCGCGCUGCCUUCAUUCGGAGGCUGGUUGCGAGGCGGCCGCCAUGGGCUCCCGGGCGUCCACGCUGCUGAGGGACGAGGAGAUCGAGGAAAUCAAGAAAGAGACGGGCUUUUCUCAUAGUCAGAUUACUCGAUUGUAUAGUCGGUUUACCAGCUUGGACAAAGGAGAGAAUGGCACUCUUAGCCGGGAAGAUUUCCAGCGCAUUCCAGAACUCGCCAUCAAUCCACUGGGGGACCGGAUCAUCAAUGCAUUCUUUCCAGAAGGAGAAGACCAAGUGAAUUUCCGUGGAUUCAUGAGGACGUUGGCCCACUUUCGGCCCAUUGAAGAUAAUGAGAAAAACAAAGACCAGAAUGGACUGGAGCCACUUAAUAGUCGGAGCAACAAAUUACACUUUGCAUUUCGACUUUAUGAUCUGGAUAAAGAUGACAAGAUUUCUCGAGAUGAGCUACUUCAGGUGUUGAGAAUGAUGGUUGGUGUAAACAUCUCUGAUGAACAGCUGGGAAGUAUUGCUGACAGAACCAUUCAAGAGGCUGAUCAAGAUGGUGACAGUGCAAUAUCCUUUGCAGAGUUUGUUAAGGUUUUGGAGAAGGUGGAUGUAGAACAAAAAAUGAGCAUUCGAUUUCUUCACUGAUGAAUCCAGGCCAAAUCCUUGCAUUGUCCUCAUAUUUAAGGAAUAUAGUUUGUUUUACUAUCUUUUUUCCUGAGCAUUGCUUCUGGUGCAUGUGAGGUACAUCUCCAAAUCCCUCCCCAGUUUGUUCCAUCAGCGUGAACAUUCCUUCUGCAUCAGAACAAGAAACAUGGCUGCAAUGCAGCUUGGAAUGGAGCAUUGAAACAGCCUUUUCAUCACGGUUCUAUUUGCAUUGUUUUCUGAUUAUAAAUUAUUUCUUCCCGUGUACUGUACUCUUCCACCAUCUUAUGGACUAUAAAUUAGAGAGGACAGCAAAUUCUACUGUAGGGGCUGGCUGAGAGCCAUUUCAAAAAAAGUGCAACAAAGAUCUGAUCGGUAGUACCUAUAUACUCCAUUAUCUUUGUCUUGCCAGCAUAACUGCCUUCUCUUCUCCUGGUUUUGUUGAAAUAGAUGCCUGCCCAUUUUACUAAACCUCAAAAAGUAAUGAUGCAAAGCCAGUGAUUUCAUUUUCAGGACUAAGGCUUGGUUGACUAUAGGCUUCCAAGUAUGUCAAAUGUAUAUGAAUUUGUCCACCGGAAGAUGGGACACCUGCCAAGGAUAUGACUUGUUAAUGUUGUUUUUAUGUAUAUGUAAUUUCUCAACUAGUAGACGUUAAAUUCUUUCCUGCUAUCUAUUUUGAAAUGUUUGCAAUGUGAAGUCUUGAAUUUCUUGCUUGUGCUUUUGGUUAACUAUUUUUCAAUUAGUAUUUGCAACAUAUUCUUUUUGUUGACAACUGUAAGGAAAGUUUUCUUUUCAUAUUAUGAUACACUAGACCAAUUGGAUUUUUCGUUUCCGAACAUACACAUGAAAGUCAAGCUGGAGGAGUAUAAUGUUCUUUCACAUUUAUGAGAACACUGUCAUUAUUAGGAUAAUAUCUAGAACAUGUACAACCUGUGAUCUAAGGAAAUUUAUUUUGUUUUACUUCAAGCAUUCCUGCAUUCAGACUAAGUAGUAUCACAUUGGCUGAAAUAAAUUUUGAGAUUUUAACAGUUUUGGUUGUGUAACUUGCUAAAAGCUAUUUUGAAUGUUCAAAUACUUUGUUCUCUUGCUACUCUCAUAAGCCAUGUUUCUAUAAGCAUUGAGUAUUUUGUCCCAGUUACUUAAAUUUUGCACAAUUUAAUAAUCUCUCAAAGUUGAUUUGCACUACUUUGUUAAAUUACAUAAGGAAGUAUAUUUUCAGUCCAAUCAUUAAAUUGUAACCCCUUAGGAAAUACAAGUUGAAUGAUCUCUCUUGAACAGAAUGCUUUGGGAUUCUGACUACAAUGUAACAUAGGAAUUUUGUAAAGAGAAGAACAGUGAUCAUUAAUACCAAGGUGUUAGAUGUGCUUAUUUUUAAAUAAGCUUCAUCCUUUGGCUCUGUAGCUAUAAUCAACAGUUGUGCCUUGUGAGACCGCUUGUAUUCCAUCAGUCUGUGAAUAAAAUCCUUCAACCUGGAUAA